AUGGCGAGCGAGCAAGCAGCAAGCGCCGCGCCGCUGGUAAAACCAAAGAGCGCAUUCGCUCACUUCCAGAAGCACAUCACAAGCGCCGUGCGGGAAGAACUCAAGAAUAGAGGGAGUACCGACAUCACGGACGUGAACGACACCGAUCCGGCCAAUUUGGGGGCCGUGCAACGCGAAGUCAGCGCUCGAUGGAACAAUUUGACGCCGGAAGAGCGCGAACCGUUUCUAGAUGCUGCAAAGGUCGACCGAGAACGGUAUGACGAGGAAUGUCUGCUUCGAGACCGUCAAGUCGAGGAAGAGCGCGAGCGACGGCGCCAAGAUCGGUAUGCGCUCGACGUGGACGGGAAACGGGAACGCAAGGUCACCGUGGAAACAAUCGUCAAGGAGAAGCGUGAGAAGAAACCGGCGAAGCCUCUCACGGACGAGCAAUCCGAAACAAAGCGCAAGCGCGACGAAGUCAGUCAACUGGCAAAGGACGCAAAGGACGAGUUGAGAGCCGAGGAAGAGCGUCAAAAGGAGGACCUGAAGACGAAAAAGGCGAACGCGGCGUCGGCGCGGCUCAACUACUUGCUGGGGCAGAGCGACAUCUUCAAGCACUUUGGGGUCAAGGCACCGGCGGUGAAAGGGUCGUCCAAGGCGGCGACGACAAAGAAGAAGAAGAGCGAGCGCGAAGAAGACGACGAGCUCCUGCACGACAAGCACGACACGGUGCGUCUCACGGUGCAGCCCAGCGUGAUCAAGUUUGGCACGAUGCGGCAAUACCAGUUGGAAGGACUCAGUUGGAUGGUCAACCUCGCCAACCAAGGGAUCAACGGCAUCCUCGCCGACGAAAUGGGGCUCGGGAAGACGCUGCAGACGAUUUCCGUGCUCGGGUACUUCAAAGAGUUUCAAAACAUUUCUGGCCCGCAUCUGGUGCUCGUGCCCAAAUCCACACUGAGCAACUGGCUCAACGAGUUCAACCGGUGGUGUCCAUCCCUUCGAGCGAUCAAAUUCCAUGGCGACAAGGUCGAACGCGACCGUGUGGUGGACCAACUUUUGUGUCCGGGCCUGGCCGCCGACAAGCGCAAGUUUGACGUGUGUGUCACGACGUUUGAAAUGUGCUUGAAGGCCAAAUCCACCUUGUCCAAGUUUGCAUGGCACUACCUGAUUAUCGACGAAGCCCAUCGCAUCAAGAACGAAAGCUCUCAGUUUUCCAUGAUCGUGCGCACCAUGGCGACGGAGCACCGGCUGCUCUUGACUGGAACGCCGCUGCAAAACAAUCUGCACGAGUUGUGGGCGCUGCUCAAUUUUCUGCUGCCAGACGUGUUUAGCUCAUCCGAGCAGUUUGACGAAUGGUUCAAUUUGGACACGGAAGACGAAGAAGCCAAGAAACAAAUGAUCACGCAAUUGCAUCGCAUUUUGCGCCCGUUCAUGCUGCGUCGGUUGAAAGCGGACGUGGAAAAAUCGCUGCCGCCCAAGAAAGAAACGCUGCUGUUUGUCGGCAUGACGCCCAUGCAAAAGGCGCUGUACAAGACGCUCCUCCUCCGUGACAUGAAUACCCUCACGGGCGGGUCGGCCGCGUCCAAGAGCGCGCUGCAGAACAUCGUCAUGCAAUUGCGCAAGUGUUGCGGCCACCCGUACCUGUUUGAAGGCCAAGAAGACCGGUCGCUGCCUCCGCUGGGCGACCACGUCGUGGACAACUGCGGCAAGAUGAUCCUUAUGGACAAACUGCUCAAGCGAUUGAAGGCCCGUGGGUCCCGCGUGCUCAUUUUCAGCCAAAUGACCCGCGUCUUGGACAUCAUGGAGGAUUUCUGUCGCAUGCGCGCUUACGGGUACUGCCGCAUCGACGGCAAUACAUCGUACGACGACCGCGAAUCGUCGAUUGAAGACUACAACGCUCCGAAUUCGUCCAAGUUUAUCUUUUUGCUCAGUACGCGCGCGGGGGGGCUUGGAAUCAACUUGUACACGGCAGACAUUGUAAUUCUGUACGAUUCCGACUGGAACCCCCAAGCCGACCUCCAAGCCCAGGAUCGAGCGCAUCGCAUUGGCCAGAAAAAGGAGGUGAAUGUGUACCGAUUUGUCACGGCGAACUCGGUCGAGGAGAAAAUCAUCGAGCGCGCGCAGCAAAAGCUCAAGCUGGACGCGAUGGUCGUGCAGCAAGGCCGACUCCAAGAGAAGCAAAAGAACUUGACCAAGAACGACAUGCUCGACAUGAUUCGGUUUGGCGCGGACGAAGUGAAAAUGCACUUGAUUCUACUAUAUGUCACGAUUAUUUCACUUGGGCGAGUGGUUUCCACUGAUAAACCACGUCACAAUGAAAUUUCACUCGAAAGACCACAAUAUUUGGAUUUUUGUGUGGCUUUGGACUGCUGUGCAUGGAUGGAUAGUUUGUCAUUUUGGGGCAAACCCAAACUCAUGUCGUUCUGGAAAUAUCAAUUUAUAGAGGCUUUGAUGUAUACAUACAUUUGCAUAUAUUUUGGUAUCAGACCUGCGAAGGUUGAUUUUUCGACUUCGCAUCGUACACUUUUGUGGAGGUCUUCCGUUUUGACACGGUUGGUUGGUAGACUGCCGCGCAUGGACGAAUGGCAGUUUUACAACCGACGUCGCAUGACGGAAAUCCACGACAUCGAAGUGUCGGCGUACGAACUGGCCAAAGCCAGCGGCGACGCGGUUGACUCGACGUCGAUGUAUUUGAGUCCUGCGCUGCAAGCUGAAAAGGAACAUUUGAUCCAAACGGCGUUUGGCGACUGGAACAAACCCCACUUUUUCCUGUUUGUAAAGCUCCUGGCCCGAUACGGUCGAUCGAAUCUUGCCGCGAUUGCGCGGGAAAUGGUCAAACCGUACGACGAAGUGGCGCGAUAUGCCGACACAUUUUUCACCCGCGGGUCGGAACUGACUGACUGGGACAAAAUCCGCAAGUCGAUUGAAAAGGGCGAGUCCAAGUUGCUUGAAAUCCAACGGCUGGCCGACCAAACGGCCCUGAAAAUCAAGCGUUAUGCCAACCCGUACGACGAUUUGGUGAUCAAUUACCAAGGCAAAGGGGGGAAAUUAUUCACAGAAGAAGAGGACCGGUUGCUGCUGUGUUUGGUGCACACGUACGGGUACGGGUCGUGGGAAAAAAUCAAGCGCGAAAUCCACGCGGCGCCCGUUUGUGCGUUCGACUAUUACCUGCGGUCGCGGUCGGCGGCGGAGCUGGGUCGACGAUGCGAUGCGUUGAUGCGCAUUUGCGAAAAGGACAAUGUGGACUUUGACUUGAAGGAAAAGAAAGACGCGGCACUGCAACGGGAACUGGCCGACCAACGCGACGAGUUGGCCAAACGAAUUGCCGACGCCAAAGCUGAACUCAAUCGGAACCAAGCCCUCGUGGAUGAAAAGAUCAUGAAAGAGGCCAAGAAGAUGCAAGCCGCCCGCGAAGCCAAGCGCCAAAAGAAGGAGACCAAGGCGGACGUCGACAGUGCCAAAGUGGACGACGCGCUGCCCGAGCCAGUCCGCGAAGAGCUUCGCCAGAUGAUCGCCCAGUCCACAGACAAGGAGGCGUCUACAAUUGCGCUCAAAUUCUGCGCCAAGCACGUCAAGUGCCAGUUGAGCCAAGUGCUAGCGAUUAUCCAGCUAUACGCCGCGCCCAUUGCGCACAGCAAACCUGGCCAACCGGCGUGGCGGCUGCAUCCUGAAUAUGCUGUCGCGUUGUCGUCUUCUCGCAGCCGCAAACGUCCACUGGAUGACGACGAGUCGAAAGACGGAGCUGCUGCGGCAUCCAGCAAGGACAGCCCCCGCCUGCCAAAGUCACCCUGGUCCCCCUCUGCCAUGAAGCAAGCGUCGUCCAAGAAAGCGAAAAAGCGUACUAUCUCUCUAUAUAUAUACCAAUGAGUCUAUAUUGUCUCACUAUGAUAUUUUUUUUGGUGGCUCAAAUAGAAGCGGAAUUGAAAAAGCCGCCGAGAAAGCCCCGGAGUGCGUACGUGCUGUUUAGCUUGGCAAAGCGCAAUCAAGUGCGCGCAUCCAUGCCGGCGGACACUGGCAUUGUGGACUUGAUGUCUCGGCUGACUGAGCUGUGGCUCGAUAUGUCGGAAGCCGACAAGGCGCCGUGGUACGAGGCGCAAGAAAUCGACAAGAAACGAUACGACACGGAGCUGGAAGAGGCCAAUCUAUAAGGACGAUCACUCUCCUUUUUCGGUUUGCGUUCGUCUCUGCUUCAAGACACAACGCUGGCGGCGUAAGUGGUGUUGAAAUAUAUUAAGUACUACGUAACUUGACCAAGAUACAUGAUGUAUAUACAC